CACUUGGUUUGAGACUGGGACUGAGCAGUCUUGUGGCAUCGUGUGUUACGCUGUGAACUCUGAGGACUUCAAAGGCUCUAGCGAGGACCCCAGGACACCCCGGAACCCCGGCAUGGAGUCAGUAACCUUUAAGGAUGUGGCCUUGAACUUCACUCUGGAGGAGUGGGCUCUUUUGAGUCCUUUGCAAAAGAAGCUGUACAGAGACGUAAUGAAGGAAACCCUGAGGAACCUGGUUGCCAUAGAACAAAAAUGUGAAGACCCAAACAUUGAAGAUGAAUGCCAAAAGCCCAGGAAAAAUCUAAGAAGUCAAGUUAUAGGCAAACUCUGUGAAUAUAACAAAGACAGUCAAUAUGGUGAAAACUUCGAUCAGACACCAGAGCAUGUUUUAAAAAAGAGAACUUCCCCUGGAGUUUUACCAUCUGAAAGCUGUUUUUUUGGAGAGGUCCAUGUUUGUCUUUCAUCCUGCAGAGUGCCCCUCAGAGGUCACACUGUAUUCAAACGUUAUGAAAAUCAAGAAUAUGGAGUGAGGCUUUAUCAUCAUAAGGAAAGUGGGAAAGCCUUCAUUUAUCCCCAAGGAUUUCAGAAAGUUGAAAGGACUCAAACUAGAGAGGAGCCUUAUGAAUGUAAACAAGAUGGGAAUGACUUUACUUGUUCCACUUUACUUCAAAGACAUAAAAGAAUUCACAGUGGAAAGAAAUGCCAGGUAUGUAAGCAUUGUGGGAGAAUCUGUAGAAGUUCCAGUACCCUUCAAAUACAUGAAAGAAUUCACAAUGGAGAGAAACCCUACAUCUGUAAGCAUUGUGGGAAAACCUUCAGUCGUUUAAAUGGCCUUCAGGCACAUGAAAGAAUUCACACUGGAGAGAAACCCUAUGUGUGCAAGCAAUGUGAGAAAGCUUUCUCUCAUCACAGUUCUUUUAGAUACCAUGAAAAGUUUCCCUGUGGCAAGAAACCCUAUGUGUGUAACCACUGUGGAAAAGCUUUUGUUUGUUCUGGUGCCUUUCGAAUACAUGAAAGGAUUCACACUGGAGAGAAGCUUUAUCCAUGUAUAGAAUGUGAAAAAGUUUUUCUUUCUUACAAUGCCCUUCAACAACAUAAGAAAAUUCAUUCUGAGGAAAAACCAUAUGUAUGUAAGCAAUGUGGGAAAGGCUUCCUUUGGGAAAGUAGUCUUAAAAAACAUAUAAAACUUCACUCUGGAGAGAAAUUAUAUGAGUGUAAACAAUGUGGUAAAGCCUUCCUUUGGAAAACUAGUCUUCAAAGACAUAUAAGACUUCACUCUGGAAAGAAAUCAUAUGAGUGUAAACAAUGUGGUAAAGCCUUCCUUUGGAACACUUCUUUUCAUAAACAUAAAAGAAUUCACAGUGAAGAGAAACCAUAUGAAUGUAAACAAUGUGGGAAAUCCUUCAUUUGGGAAAGUUCUUUUCAUAGACAUAAAAGAGUACACAGUGAAGAGAAACCAUAUGAGUGUAAACAGUGUGGGAAAUCCUUCCUUUGGGAACGUGGUUUUCAUAAACAUACAAAAGUUCACACUAAAGAGAGACCAUAUAAGUGUAAGCAGUGUGGGAAGGCCUUCCGUUGGAAAAAAAAUUUUCAAAGACAUAAAAAAGUUCACAGUGGUGAGAAACCAUAUGAAUGUAAACAAUGUGGGAAAGCCUUCUUUUGGGAAAAGACUUUUGAAAGACAUAAAAAGGUGCACAGUGGGGAGAAACCAUAGGGAGUAAGCAAUGUGGGAAACUUUCCUAGUCACUUGAGAAACCAUGAAAAAACUCACAAUGGAAACUACUUCAUUGGAAGCAGUUUGGAAAAUCAUAUAUAUUACCCAUUUCCCUAACACAUGUUAAAACUCAAUAGAAACCAUUUGUGUGUUUACCAUGUGGGAAAGUUUGCAAUUGUUACACUUGCUUUCACAGACACAGAAGAACUCAAUAGCUGAGAGCAACCCUAAAUAUAGAAUGUGAGAAGGCUUCAUUUUCAGAUGACUUUUCUAGCAUUCGUGAGGCUGCACAAGAGAGGACUUCUGUUAGUGCAAAGCAUAUGGAAAUGUCUUUAGUCAUUGUGCUUGAGUCACAAUUGUAACAUGGUAUGGAGGAAAACUUUGACUAGAUAUGUGUCAGAGCCUUUAUUUGGCACAUGUGUGAAUGCACACUGGAUUAAUACUUUCUGAUUGUGAAAAAAGGUUGUCAGUUGUAAAAACAUUAAAGUCAUGAAAAUUCCUGAUGCAGUAGAGUCCUAUAAAAGUAAUACAAAGAAUUGUAUGCAAAGUAAUUAGUGUAGCAUGCUCUAGAAAGCACACUAUCUGAAUGAAAUUUGCUGAAAAUCUCAUGUACAUAUAAAAUCAUACCCCACUUUUAAUAUAGAUCUAUCAUGUAUGUGUUUCACUUCUGUGUGUAUGUGUAUGCUUCCAGAUAAUCAUUUAUCUGAGCAGUGUGGUGCUUGCCUGUAGUCCUGCUGCUAGGGAAAGUAAGGUGGGAGAUCAGUUGAGCUCACUAGUUGGAUACAGAAUUCAAACUUGAUAAAAGUAGUAAAAUAAAUUUAAGGGCAUAUACUCUUAUUAAGUUUUGUUAAAGAAAAAACCAAA